AUGCAUAAUGUUGUUACACUAAAUGUUGGCUUGUCCGAUCAUCUCCCAGUAUUCGCUCUCAGGCGCUUUAAGAAAACCGGAGAGCAAGGUGCAGCAGGCACUAAAAUACAUGAACACACAUCACUCAAAUACCGAAAUCUAAAGUCCCUCAAUAAUGAAUUGUUUGCUAAAGAUCUUUCAGAAGCCCCGUGGGAUUCAGCAUUCGUGUUUGAAGAUACUGAUGACAUUGUUGAUUCGUGGUAUUCCAUUUUUACUAAUAUCCUUAACAAACACGCUCCAAUAAUAUCGAAACGAGUUAAACGAAAGAUCCAACCAAAAUGGUUUACAAAUGAUAUAACAAAUGAAAUUCAAAUCAGAGACAGACUUCUAAAACAAGCACGUGCUUCCAACAACGCAAAUGACUGGUCAAUUUUCAAACUGGCCAAAAAUAAAGUAACUCAGUUAAUCCGUAAUAAAAAGAAAAAUUAUUUUAAAUCGAAAGUAAAUGAACAUCGAGAAAACCCAAAUAAACUAUGGUCAUUGAUUAAAGAUCUAUCAAGAGUAUCAUUGGGAGAAAACAACGGUAUUCGUCAAUUAAACGAAAACGGAGAACUUGUAACGGAAAGCAGAAGCAUUGCCGAAAUCUUUAACUCUUUCUUUGUUAGUCAACCACAACGUCUCUUAUCAUCUAUAAAGUCUACUUUUUGUAACGAAUCUCUGCUAAACUCUCUAAAGAUAAAGAUAAAGUUUGAAAUUCCACAUAUUUCUCCAGAAAAGGUACUUCAAAUGCUAAAUUCUAUGCCAGCAAAUAAAGCAACAGGUGCUGAUGGAUUGAGUCCUAAAUUACUGAAAAUUGCUGCUCCAUCCAUAUCAAGCUCAGUCGCACGUCUCAUAAACCAUUGCAUAUCCACCAACACCUUCCCAUCCAGAUGGAAAGUAGCCAAAGUCACCCCAAUUUUUAAGAAUCAAGGAAGUGUAGAACACAAACAAAAUUACAGACCAAUAUCUGUUCUUCCGAUCCUCUCAAAAUUAUACGAAAGAUAUCUCUACAAACACUAUAUUCACACUUAUGCAAUAACAAUUUCCUAUAUGGCCUGCAAUCUGGCUUUCGCAAACGCCACUCGACUGAAACUGCUCUAA